UUUGAAACCCAGCUGAUCAGAGCUGAGGUAUUUUGCCACAGAGGGAGAGGGAGCGUGACUGGAAAGGAGAAGAGAGAAGAGCAGCUGAAAUCUGUUCGAUUUUAAGACAGAAAAUAUUCAAACAGAAGACUCAAAAAGAAAUGUCUCAUUCCUUUCAUGAGAAACUGGAAAAUCAUGUGAAGAGAGAGGCUCUUUGGAAAGAUGUGAGAUCUGUUGGUAGGGUGGAAAUCUGAGCACAGAAAAGGAUCCAUCAGGUUUUGGAGACCAGCCCGGUGAAUCUUUGAGUCAACAGAGGGUUGAAGAAAACCCCCGGGGAAAGAGGAGGGAUGUCUUGGCUGUCACCCGUGUCAUGGGCCAAAUGGACGUGGACGGCAGUUCGAGGAGGAGAGGGAGAGGAGGAUGAAGAUGGGUUGGGGACCAGCGAGGAGAGGGAGCAACGUGGAGAGAGAGGAGAGGAAGAGGAGAGGGAGGAGGAGGAGGAGAGAUCUCAAGGCUGCAGCUCUGACUCAGAGGGUCAUUUUGGCACACCCGAAGCUGCAACUCCUGUCCACACCCCUCCCACCUUCCCAGGAGAGCUGGAGAACAACAACGCUGAUCCAGACAAAACAGAUGUGGAUAGAGAGGAACACCUGAUAGUGACUGCUCCUGUUUGGGAUCAGGAUAUUUUGAACAGCCACACCAUGGGUCAGGACGAGCCUGCAGUGCCUAUGGGUGGCCCACUGAAAGUAAACAUCCAGACCCUGGAAGCAGAACAAACAGAGAAUCUUCCAGAAGAUCUGGGCUCUGUGCCUGUCCCUGCUUCAUCCCCAGUGAAGGAAACGUUUGAAGUGUCUGAAAGCACAGCGGCAUCCUGUGAGCCAUCUCAAGCUCCAGUCCCCGUCCUACUUGCAGAUCCUGUCCUGGAACAGGCUCCAACUCCUGUUCCAGCUCCUGUUCUAGCUCCUGUUCUAGCUUCAAUACCAGAACCAGAAUCAGUCCAGGACAUUGAAACUGAAGUCAGCCCAGCUCUGGAGCUCCCUGAGCAGAAACCUGUCGCUGAACCAGAACCACAGUACAAUGGUCUCGACCAGACUGAGCCCCCUCAAAAGACUAAAACUGGCAAGUCAAAGCCUCCAUCUCUGAUGGUGAAGGCCACGCUGGACGAUCCUGUCCAAACAAAUGAGGAACAAGCACUUCCUGUUCCCAAGGCCAAUUACAAAUUUGAUCCUGACCAGCUGGAUGACAGCUUUAACCCCUUCAUCAGCGGUGGAUCCAAAAUCCCGAACUCCCCACCACCUUGUGGUUCAAGCUCUCUCCCCAGACUUGAACCCCUGGGUGCUUCAUUGCCUGUCUAUGAGGCCAAUUCAGCACCUGCAGCAGAGGAGGAGACAAUGGAGUCGUUAUCAAAGGCGAAACCUGUCGUGCUUGAGUUCGGUCUGGAUGAAGGGACAGUCAGCAAACCACCCCCCAGGAAAUUAGGUGGUAAAAAGACAAUCAGCAAACUCGCAGCUAAGAAGCAGAAGCCCAAAGGAUCAGCGGCCUCUAGCAAACCAGCAUCAGAACCCACAGACUCGCAACCAGUGUUAGAACCACUUUCUCAACCAGUAUCAGAACCAGAUUCUCAACCAGUGUCAGAACCAGAUUCUCAACCAGCGCCGGAACCAGUUUCUGAUCCUCUUCUAGAAACUGCUUUGCCAGGAUCAGAUUCUACUGCACCUCUUAACCUUGAUGAUGUUCCUAUUCCUAAGACGGGAACGUAUAACUUUGAUCCCAAUCAGUGGGACGACCCUAACUUCAAUCCAUUUGGUAGCAAUAACAAAAUGAGCGGCUCUCCAGUGCUUCCUAAGGGCUCGUACAGUUUUGAUCCAGACAAUUUUGAUGACUCUGUGGACCCUUUUAAACCCUCCAAAGCCCUGAGCACAGAGGAAUCAUCCAGUAGUGCCCCUCAGCUGGAGAAAAAAGUCAAAGAAGUGGGCAAACAGAAAGGAGGACAACCGGCGGGGGAGAAGAAAGUGAGGCAGAUUCCCAAGAAGAGCAAAGAGAGGUCAGCCGACCCCAGGAAGUCUGAGCAAGUCAAGUUUCUCUGUUUUCUGUUGAAUUCCUGUAAACUUCAGAAAUACGAUGAGAGCCAGUCCUUGGUGCUUGACGUGUGCAAUCAGGAGGAGGAUGAGGUGGUGGUUCAGACCCCAGAGAUCACUCAGCGAGUUCAUCACGCCACUGACGAGGAGAAGCUUGCCUCCACUGGCAUUAUGGGCCAGACAUCAGACAGCCUGGAGGAGAUAGGAGAACCUGAAUGCAAUAAAGCACCUGCGAAAAAACAGCAAACCAAGGAUAUACCUGUUAUAGAUGAAGUUCCUGAGAUUGCAGAUGACCUGGAGGAGAAGGACAUCUGCUGUUUGAAAGAGGAAAUAAGUGAGAUAUCCAUCAGCCAAACAACAAAGGUGACCAGCAGUGAGGCCCCAGACUUUGCAGCGCUGUCCCAGGACAAUAUCCCACUGAGUGAGAUGGACAAGGCCGCAGUGCUCACCCUGAUCAGAGAAGAGAUCAUCACUAAAGAGAUCGAGGUCAAUGAGUGGAAGAGGAAGUACGAGGAGAGCAGAGUUGAGGUUAUGGAGAUGAGGAAAAUAGUGGCAGAAUAUGAGAAAACAGUUGCACAGAUGAUUGAGGAUGAGCAGCAGCAGAAGACCCUGUCCUGUAGUAAGUCAGUCAGGCAGUUGACCAUAGAGAGGGAUCAGGCCAUAGCCGACCUCAACUCUGUAGAGCGCUCCUUCGCAGACCUCUUCAGGAGGUAUGAGAACAUGAAGGGAGUCCUGGAGGGCUUCAAGAAGAAUGAGGAGGUGCUGAAGAAGUGUGCGCAGGACUACCUGAUGCGGAUCAAGCAGGAAGAGCAGCGAUACCAAACCCUCAAAGUGCACGCUGAGGAGAAACUGGACAAGGCUAAUGAAGAGAUAGCCCAGGUACGUGCCAAAGCCACCGCUGAGGGUGUCGCACUAAAUGCCAGCCUGAGGAAGGAGCAGAUGAAGGUGGAUUCACUUGAGAGAGCUGUCCUUCAGAAGAAUCAAGAAAUUGAGGAGCUCACAAAGAUCUGCGAUGAACUGAUCGCCAAACUGGGAACAGAAUAAGAGGCCUUUAAAUCAAACUGCAGCAUUGAUGUAAAUCCAUACAUUAUCACAUUUAAGCACAGGUCCACCUUUUUUUUCUCUUUGCUCAUGUGUUUCUUUUUAAAAACCCAUUCAAAAAUACAGAACUGUCGGUAUUUUCAUCUUUUCACACUAAGAUAUGAAACCAGAACUAUAACUGAUCAUUUUGUUAUGCAUGUCAUGGCCGUUUAAGAAGCACAAGUUUAUCAUAAGAUAUGUUUUAUUUUGAAGGAGAAGCACCAUGACUUGGUGAUCUUUAAUUAAAGAUCUAAAAAGAGAUCUUAAAAGACUAAUUUUAUGGCUCAAAUAAUCAUUCGUUUUAAACUCUUCUUGGGAAUUUGUGCAUUUGAGAAACAAUAACUGCUAUCGUGUUGUACUCCAUUACCAUUUUAUACAGCAUGUUUUACACAAAACCGUAGGGAAUAAUGUGAGAACUAAGGGAAGGACGAUGUGGAUACACAGCACAGACAUCUUUGACCACAGUACGUCUACAUGUAAGUACAUGUGUCGAUGAUACAAUCAUCAGAAAGGACUAUUCUCUCUAUUGAGUGCCUAAACUGAUCAUAGUGUAUUAGUUUUCUGGCCUUUAGAUAUUUCUUGCUUCCAUUUCUUUUGUGAUACAGUGUAAUUCUUCUGCUUAUCUCUUUUUUCAUAAGCAAAUGAACUGAGAGUCAUACUACAGAAUAUUUCUUAAGUUGCCUUUGAGGCUGUUUGUGCUUUUUGUUUCACAGGAUUAUAUCUUCAAUGUGUGUUAAAGUCCUCAGUUAUGCAGAGUGUGAGGUUGAACCACAGAGUUUUGACAUCAUGCACAUUAUGCCCCCCCAUAAAUCUCUGGGGUUGUUAAAUAGCACUUAAGAGAAUCAUAAAUUCUGAUCUGUAAUAUUUUAUUCAUUUGAUGAUGGUUUGACAGUGAUGGGCGGAAAAUAAAGCCUGGUUUGAAGCUUAAGCAGUAAAAUCUUUGCUCUUAUUAUACCGUAUUAUUCAACCAUGUGCCAUGUUUAACUUUCUCGCUCUUUGUUUGAGUGCUGAGGAAGUUCCUGUUCUGUCGCUGCCAUGUAGAUAUCAUUGGACUGUAUUCAAUUCAUUUGUCUGUGCGCCCAGAUGUUGCUGAUGUGCCUUUAUUUUGGUAGAAAAAAAAAAGAGGUUUCGUUAGUUCCUUCCUGCAGUUUUCUUUCCAAACUCUGUUGCCAAAGUGUAUUGUAUAUAGUAUAUAUUGUGUAUGAUCAAAAUAACCUGAACAACAAUGACUUAUAAUUGGUUUUCAAUGUUGCUUUACCUGCAGCAGAUGAAUGGCAGGCUACUCUUUAAGAUCUGUGUUUUUAUGAGCAGACGUUCAUCAUGUAAAAAUGUCUUCAUUGCCAACAUCAGCAUUUGCUGGUCAGAUUGAACCAGUAGGAGCACACAAGUGUAUUUUUUGCUCAGAUUUGUCCCGGACAUAAAGGACAGAUUCCUUCUUUCACGUCAGCACAAUCAGUUGCCAAACGUAAUUGUAAAAUGAGAUGGGUGUCGAUGUGACUCUGUGUCCUGGUGUAGUGGUGUGACAUUAGUCUGAAGGUGCUUUUCAAUGCAAAUUGUUUUCAAUGCAAAUUGUUGCAAUUGUUGCAGUACAAUAUGUGUACAUUUUAUACUUUCUGAAAAGAGUUUUUGUUCCUAAUAUUUGUAAAUUUGAAGAUUUAAGUAUACUCAGAUGUAUGUUACAUGCUAUAUUUUGUGCAUUGAUGAAUAAAUGGUUAAGAUUUAAUAGUA